AUGGGGACACGGGUUCGAGAGCUGGCCAAACAUCUCUCCCUGGGAGGCAAAUGGUUCCUCAUGUCACCAAAGGAGUCCCCCACCCCAGGAACCCCUCACAGGAACCUCACACCCUCACAGGAACCUCACCCCAGGAACCUCUCACAGGAACUUCUCAAGUCACCCACAGGGAACCUCUCACAGGAACCCCUCAAGUCUUUCACAGGAAACCCUCCCCCUCACCGGGAACCUCUCACAGGAACCUCUCGUCUCUCACAGGGAACCCCCUCCUCUCACAGGAACCCCACACCUUCACAGGGAACCUCCUCACAGGGAACCUCUCACCUCCUCACAGGAACCCUCUCAGGAAACCCCUGCCCCCAGGGAAUCUCACCUCUCACAGGAAACCUCUCAGGAACCUCCCUGCCUCUCAGGAACCUCUCACCCCACAGGAACCUCUCACCGGGAACCUCACAGGGAACCCUCUCACUGGGAACCUCUCACCUCUCACAGGAACCCUCUCAGGAACCUCCCCAUCGGGAACCUCCAGGAACCUCACCUCUAGGGAACCCCUCACAGGGAAGCUCUCACCCUCACAGGGAAAUCUCAAGCCUCUCACAGGGAACUCCUCAAGUCUCUCACAGGAACCUCUCACUGGGAACCUCCUCACCUCACAGGUCCUCACCUCUCAGGAACCUCUCACCUCCUCACAGGAACCUCUCACAGGGAAGCUCACCUCUCACAGGAACCCCCUCAAGCCUCACACAGGGAACCUCCUGCUCUCACAGGAACCUCUCACCGGGAACCUCUCACCUCUCACCGGAACCUCUCACCUCUCUCAGGAACCUCACCUCUCUCAGGGAACCUCUCACCUCUCACAGGAACCUCUCAAGUCUCAUCACGGACUAUAAUGUCCUAACCAACAUCCCCACUUCACCUUAA